AUGGCUACUGAACGGAACGAUCUAAACAGGGGAAUGAGAUGUGUGAAAUGUAUGAUUUUUAUCAUCAACUUGAUGUUUCUGCUUACGGCAGUCUUACUGGUAAUGGUUGGAACAGCUAUCGGAACUAUUUUCGGAGAUUUUGAGUAUUUUAUCGAUUCACACUUUUUCUCGCCCGCUCAUCUGCUGGUAGCGAUUGGAAUCAUUAUAAUGGUGGUUUCCAUUUUUGGCUGCAUUGGAGCUAUCAAGGAGAGUACCGCAAUGAUCAACAUCUAUGGCGUCCUGUUGGCGUUGGUGUUUAUACUGGAAGUCGCAGCAGCUAUUUCCGCCUUUGUACUGCGAGGCGAAGUUGAAGAAAUGGUUCGUCGGACACUCAACGAAUCUAUGGCUAGUUAUAAUACCAAACCGUAUAUCCAAGAUUCAGUAGAUUUCAUGCAACGAGCUCUUGAAUGUUGCGGCGUCGAGAGUUAUAAGGACUGGGAGUACUUCCUGCCUAUUCCAACCAAUCCAGAUGAUAUCGAACUGCCUGAAUCGUGUUGCCUGCCAUCAACAAUGCAAGAGAAAUGUGUACCUUUCGAAGACGGUUGCUACACUCAACUGGGAUGGGUCGUUUCUCAGAGCGCAGCAUUGAUCGCUACCGGUGCAACAACUGUAGCUUUCGUUCAGAUUCUCGGCAGCAUAUGUGCCUUCAUGUUAGCCCGUACAAUUCGACGCACGAAAUCACUUCGAGCUGCUCGUCGCUGGCAGCUACAGCAAAGUUUGGGAAUAAUGACUAAGUUGCAUGACCCUCCCUACACACAGAUGGAAAAAUCAGCGAAAAAUGCGGAUUCGGAGAUGUAUCUUCCUAAUAGUCCAAGCGUCAAUUGA